GACGAUAACUAUCGACGAUAAAAAGCUGAAAAGCUUCAUAUAGAAUAUGACGUCAUUAGACUUGCGAAAUAUUUUUUGACACAUACACGAUAAAUCGUUAUCGAAUCGUGCUAGUUUGAAAACUUCCCUUAUUUUCUAUAUGAACAAUUGCUUUUUAUCGUUAUCGUCAUAGUGUAAACAGGCAUUAAGACUGAACAGUUCUAUACUCUUUGAACUGUGCGCGCGAGUAGGUCUGACGUAUGCAACAGUUUUAGGCUAUAGACUGUGUUUCCAUGCUCAGCCAACUCGUGAACAUGCAAAUUAAUUAGAAAGCAAACCUGCUGAUAAGACAAAAUUUGUAAAUACAGUACUAUGUCGAAAUUUAACAAAUUGGUGCGGCACGUUUCUCAUACAAAAUUGACGCCAAAGACUUGGAGACUAACAUGCACGACGAAGUGUGUAAACUAAAAAAAACUGACUUUGAAUUAGGUGAGAUGAAGCCCACACAAAAAGACAAUGUGAGCGGCACAGAAGAAGCAAACGAUGAAGAAGAAAGUACAGGCCAAACAUUCAGCAUAGCGGAAUUCAUUCCUUUGAUGGAAACAAGUUCACAGUAUGGUGAUAAAUCCAGCGGUUUGACGCAAGCUCUAUCUCACUACGAAUUCAACUCUCAUACGGAAAGCAUGGGUUUCAGUAGUGUUCGGGAUGAAGCAUUCAUACCAGAAUUCGAAAACAGUGGUGAUAGUUGGUCGAAUCUUUGAUUUACGUCAUCAGCACGACAUUAAACGUUUUAUAUUUCUUGAUUGUUCUGAUUGGAUUUUUUUUACCUUGCUGUUGUAUUUGAAAUAAAAAAUGAUUGAAUUGAAUUGAA